GGACGUGGCAAGAGGCCUCUCUCUCCUGCUCUCAUCUCAACCCCCACAGCACAUCACAGCACAGUUGGAGAUCGCCCGCCCGCACUCCACAAGCCAGAUCUCUCGGCCGAUGCCGGACAUGGAGGAGUCCACGCAGCCCAAGCCCGCCGACCCGGAGCUCCCCAACGGCGCCGGGGACCCGGACGAGUCGGAGCCGCCGUCGCCCGCUGCCGCGGAGGCGCCUGCCGCCGCACCGGCGGCAGAGGCUGCAGAGGAGGUGGCGGGUGUGGACGAGGUCCUGGUGAGAUCGGAGCCGCCCAAGGGCGCGGGGACGAACGCGGACGGCUGGCGCCCCUACACCAUGGGGGAGUUGCUCGGGGAGGCCGCCGCCGCCGGGAGAUCCGACUUCGCCACCGACGGGAAUGGGGCCGGAUCCGCCACCCCCGAGCGCUCCAGCCAGGACAGCCUGCAACUCUCAUCCCAUCAUGAUGUUGCCAUGGACUUGAUAAAUAGUGUCACUGGGGUUGAUGAGGAAGGUCGCUCUCGCCAACGUAUUCUUACCUUUGCAGCCAAAAGAUAUAUUAGCGCCAUUGAAAGAAAUCCAGAAGACCCUGAUGCAUAUUAUAACUGGGCCCUAGUUCUCCAGGAAAGUGCUGACAACGUGGAUCCUAGUUCUGAUUCUUCGAAAGAUUCAUUGCUUGAGGAGGCUUGCAAGAAGUAUGCUGAAGCUACACGACUUUGUCCAACACUGUAUGAUGCAUAUUACAACUGGGCUAUUGCUAUAGCUGACCGGGCCAAAAUGCGUGGGCGUACCAAAGAGGCUGAAGAACUCUGGCAGCAGGCUAUAAGGAACUACGACAAGGCCGUCCAGUUAAGUUGGAACAGCCCCCAGGCUCUCAACAACUGGGGCCUUGGACUGCAGGAAUUGAGUGCGAUUGUUCCUGCUAAAGACAAGCAAACAAUCAUAAAAACAGCUAUAAGUAAGUUUCGUUCUGCCAUCCAGUUGCAGUUUGACUUCCACCGGGCUAUUUACAACCUUGGAACUGUCCUGUAUGGCUUGGCAGAGGAUACCUCGAGGUCUGGAGGGGCCGAUACCUCUCCUAAUGAUCUGUAUAGUCAGUCUGCUAUUUACGUUGCAGCUGCUCAUGCAUUGAAGCCAAAUUAUUCGGUUUAUCGCAGUGCUCUACGGUUGGUCCGCUCAAUGCUACCGUUGCCAUAUUUGAAAGUGGGAUAUUUGACUGCUCCUCCGGCAGACGACCCCAUUGCACCACACAAACAUUGGGAGAGGUCACAGUUCAUCUUAAACCACAUGGAACUCCAGCAGGUCAAUGAUUCCGAAAGCGCACCUGUCAAAGCAAACGCGCUCGUGGAGAAAGCCAAAAGGUUUAUCAAGGUAGACGUCGCAGACAUAGUUUCAGUGUCCACGUGCUCCGAUCUGACCCUGCCCCCUGGCGCCGGCCUUUGUAUAAACACAACUCAUGGGCCCGUGUUCUUGGUUGCUGAUACCUGGGAGUCUCUCGAUGGCUGGCUAGAUGCGAUACGUCUGGUGUACACCAUAUUUGCAAGAGGGAAGACCGAUGUCCUGGCGGGCAUCAUCACCGGCUGAUCAAUGAUGUCUUGUUGUAUGUGUGACUAGCUGUGUCUGGACAGUGCGACAUGUAUAUCAAUAUGUAUUCUGUGUCAAUUCAAAGAAACCCACCACAGUUGAUUUUUAUGUACCCCUCCCUCCCCUUGAUUGCUCCGAUGUGAAUUUUCAGAGUUUGUGUAGAGUAAUGUGGUUACCCAUCCGAAUCAUAGGCGGCAUUGUUUUGUACCUGUAACACAUAUAUACCUUCAAGUAUGUAAGACUUGUAAUAGACGACUGAUGAGAAGAUGAGUUUGUACUGUCA